GACGGACGACGCUGGAGGUGCUGUCGGCUAGUCUGAUCAGGCAUACGAGGUCACCGCCCGCUACAAAUUAGUUUAUUUUUUAUGUUUUAUUUCAACGGAAGAAAUACCAUUUAGUUUAUGUAAAUUAUAUCAAAUUAUGUCCGUUUGCAUGAAUUCCGUGGUGUUUGCUGUCAUUUUUUUUAAUUGCAGAUGAAGGUUCGAGACAAGUGUUGAAUGAUCGGCUCCAUAUCAGUGGCCGCAGACGCGUCCACUGAUAAAUACUAGUACGUCCAUCUUAGGAGCUGGAGUUGCAUAAGUAUUUUUGAUGAUCCAGCUGGUUCUAUUCUUGGCAAGGUGUUAAAGAUUUCAGUUCUACUGAUAGCUUGCCUGACCUGGCUCUCAUCAGCUAGUACUAGUAGUACCAGUGUACCUCCAUAGUUGCACAGUCCAGCGUAUAGCCAGUUCCUUACUUGGCAACUUUAAGAGCCGAGCAGAGAGGUUGAGCAUGCAGGCUGCUAGUGGUAGUUCGUCGGAAAGGGUCAGGGGCUCGCCGUCGGCCAUGGAGACGGGCGGCGACCAGAGCGCCAAGAAGCAGAGGCUGGAGCUGGUGCUGGCCAGCCUGGCCCCGGUGAAGCAAGAGAUGGUCGUGGUCGUGCACGAUGCCGGCGAGAUGGUGCCCGCGGUACAGGCCCCGACCAAGGAGGUCCAUCUGGACCUCACGGUGCUCGACUGCCACUUCUGCUUCCGCCCCUUGAAGCCGCCCGUCCACCAGUGCAAUGGCGGGCACCUGGCCUGUGGCGACUGCCGCGGCGAGCGCCCCGGUAACGAGCGGCAGUGUGAAAAGUGCGAGCACGGCGGCGGCUUCGACGUCCAUAACACGGCGAUGGACGCCGUGGUCUCCGCGGCCAGGGUAGGGUGCGCGCACACCUGCUGCGGGCUCUUCAUCACCUACCACAAGCUCCAAGACCACCAGGACGCGUGCCGGUUCGCGCCCUGCAAGUGCCCCGUCCCCGGCUGCGGCUUUGAAUGCAUGCCGCGGACGCUCCCCCGCCACCUCACCGCCGUCCACCCCAUGCCCGUGCAAACGAUCCACUAUGGCAAGGUUCUCCAGCUGCAGGUGCCGGUGUUGGAGCCGCGGCGCCUGCUGUUCGCGGAGGAGGACAAUCACGUUUUCCUCGUGGUCGGCGGCGCUCUCGGUCCGAGCGCACCUAUAGCUGUGUCGGUCGUUUGCAUCAGGGCCGGGGCCUCCCCACCGCCGCACUACACGGCCAAGGUGUGGGUGAAUGGGCCGCCGUCGGCGGUUAACGGUAGGGUCAACACCGUCAGGGCCGAAAUCGAGGUGACGAGCACCAAGGAGCCCGACGUCCUCGCCGUGGAGGAGCUGAUGACCUUCUUGGCGGUGCCGCCCAAGAUGCUUGCUUGGGAUGGGCCGUCCAGGUCCAGGAUGGUUUCGCUCCGCAUUCGUAUCGACAAGACCUCAUCCUAAAUGAUUCCACAAGUUUAGUCUUCUAGUGAUCUUAGUAAUGUGGGGUUUAAUUUGGUUUACUUUAGCUUAAGAGAUGAUGGAUUUUGGUGAUUAUGGAGCAGUUACUUCAACAUUAGGUCAGCAGUUGAAGUAAUUUCCGACAGUGGAAGGUGUAUUUGUUGACUGUUGGAUACAAGAUCCUUUGGGUAACAAGUGAACCUAAAUGUACGCUGCUUAUAUGUUUAAUUAUUAUAACAGAGUGUUGCAUA